AUGUUAGAAGAUGAAAAAGAUUUUUUUUCAGCAGAUAUCAUUAUGCUACCACCUGAUGAUCCCAACUGUUCAGAUCAAGAUAGUGGUCCUGAGGAUGGGGAAGGAAUUAUUGACAAUUUAUCAAAAACUUUAUUGAAUUCAAAUGCUGAAGCAUUAAUUUCCAACAUUGAGGCAGGCAAAGAAAUGCUUCAGAAAGAAGAAAUUGAUAUGCAAAUACAAACACCAUUAAAAAAAAGAGUGAAAAAAAGUAUAUCAAUUGAAAGAAAUUGGAAGAAGAGUGACAUUUUGAAUGUAGAACCCAUACCAGUGUUUUCUGAAAAUAGAGAAUUUGAGAAUUCAUCUCCUCACACUCUGUUUAAAUUAUUUUUUGAUGAUGAAAUAAUCAAAUUCAUCACUGACAUGUCUAAUUUAUAUGCUAAAGAUCUGAAAAGAAUAUCAGUAAACCGUAACGUUGAAAAUGAAAUAAAAUUUGAUGGAAAAGACCAUUUCAUUGGAAAAAUUUCGGAUGGACGAAAAAGAUGUAAAUUGUGCCACAAGAAAGUAUCAAAGAAAUGUUUAAAAUGUGAUGUUGCCCUACACUUGGAAUGCUUUGAACAUUUUCACAGGAAAUGA